UUAAGUGUUAAAACUUUGACAUUUGGUUGUAAGAACAGUAAAUAAUUUGAAAAUUUUUGAAGAAACAAAUGUCCAACACGGUUUUUUACAAUACUUCAAAAGAAAUCAUUAUAAAUGAACAAAAUUUAUUUAAAAGAGCCUCCAACAACUAGUGAAACCGGUAACAAGUGAUGGCAUGUUACUUAACCUCAAAACAACAAGCAAUUUUUAUUUUAACAAUUUUUAAACGUUUUCACUUUUUUGAUUAAAAUAACGAUGUCACUCUUGUGUAGACAAAAACUAUUCAACAUAGGAUACAAAAAAUAUCCUGAAUUAAGGAGAUUCGCAAGCGAAAUCACCACCGGUGAAGUUCUAACACAAUAUUUUGGUUUGCCUUCUUAUAAAGUAAUGUCUUACAUUAAGAGCCAAAAACUUGCCCGGAUAAAACCAGAAAAUCUAAUCCAAACCGCAAAGUUCUGUGAAGAAAUUGGUUUUGAAACCAAAAGUGUCUUAGAUGCUCCAAUGCUUUUACGUCUUUAUCCCAGUACUGUAGACCAGUACUACACCGUAUUAAGGGAAGGGGGCUUCGAAAAUAUCACUCCCAAUGUGUUAGCAAAAUUUAGAACGCUUUGUCGUGCACCAAUACAUAAAUUAAAAAGUCGAUUUAUAGAUCCACAAACAAACGUAGUUGAAAGUUUUAUCAGUUAUCUAAACCCUCGCCCUGAUAACUUGAACGUUAAGACUUGUGGUGAUGAAGAGGCCUGGUCUGAGGUACAUUUAAAAGUACUAUCGGCGUAUUUAAAAUGGCGUUUAAAAGCAACAGAUGACGAUAUCGCCAAAUUAAUUAAAGUCCAUCCUACGGUUUGCCGUAAAAGUUUCAGAUAUUUAUGCGAAAACAUCGCCACUGCAGAAGAAUUAGGUUUCACUCCCGACAAAAUACUAAAAUACGGCUAUAUCGUGCACGCCUACCCCAAACACACUAAAGAGCUCAUGGAAAAGUAUCCAAUUAUAGCUGGUGCUUGUAUCAAAAGAGCCAUGAGGAUGUAUCCAAAAAUUGUAACCACACCUCCUACAAACAUUGAAAAAAUUUUAAAAAUUUUAAAGGAACACAAUAUAUCAGACGAAGCCUUAGCAAAAAGAAUGAAUGUUUUACAUUUAUCCCCAGAAACGGUGGAUGUUCGCUUAAACGAACUAAAAAACAUUGCUGACUUCAAAGUGCUUUUGCACAACCCUAAUAUACUCAAAUUGGUGAUUCACCACAAUAGGGCCAAAUCGCGUUUACAAUUCCUGAAAGAGUUGCAAAUAAAAUGUACAACUGUUUCAGUCCUAGGGAAUGAUAAUACCAAAUUUGACAUCCAUAUCAGAGAAGGACGAGAUGCGAAUACUUUUAGUGACAUUUAUGCGUUUUUAAAGGGCACCUUUAAAAAAGAAACGGACGAGUUUGAGGGCACUUUGAAAAAGCACCCAUAUUAUUUGCAAGUGCCUUUAUUAUCAAUGGAAGAAACGUAUUUUUAUCUUAGGGAAGAAAAAUUCUCAAAUUCUGCAAUUUUUAAAGUUAUUUAUAUUUUGUUAUACCCCAAAGAAAAAAUUAGAAAUGCCUUUAAGGAAGUAAAACAGUUUGCCAGUCGACGCAAAAAGCCCUUGAGCCAAGUCAAUAGACUAAAUCUGGUUUUGUAUUUUAUUGAAAGAGAACAUCAUUUUACAGGAGAUGGCGUUUGGGAAAAAAAUGAACGACUGGAAGAAACUGUUUGAUAUACACUAAACUUGUUAUUUUUUUUAAUAUAAAAAAAACCCAA